CUAUCGAACUUGGCCAGAUGCAUGCUCUCCGCCAAGCUCUUGCUAGCUAGCAAGCCCAGCCAGAGCCAGCCAUGGAUGCUCACUACCCCAAGUACCUUCUCUACGGCAUCCUCAUCCUCGGCUCAUGGCUCAUCUCCUGCCUCCUGCACUUCCAGUUCUUCCACCUCUCCCUCUUCUCCUAUGGUCCCCGCUCCGGCGCGUCGCUCGUCCUCAUCCCGCUGUCGGUCCCCAUGGCGCUCGAUGCCAACUUCCUGCCAGCUCCCUCAGCCGUCGCCGAGGAUGGCCCUCUGCGCCGGCUUUCACCAGCAGCGUCGUCUUGCCAGGGGAGGUACGUUUACAUUCUGGAUGUGCCGUCGCGGUUCAAUGUUCUCAGGGACUGCGUCGAGGGCUCGCCGGUGUUUCAGGACGAGUGGCAUGUAUGCUCCCUCAUGGCCAAUGUCGGCAUGGGCCCCGUGCUCCCUCCGGCCACCGGCAACGGCAGCGACGGUGACACGGGUGUCAUCCCCAACACCGGAUGGUAUGCCACGGACCAGUACGCCCUGGAAGUGAUCGUGCACAACCGUAUGCGCCAGUACGAGUGCCUCACCGACGACCCGGCGGCGGCGACGGCUCUGUUCGUGCCCUACUACCCGGGGCUGGAGCUCCAACAGCACCUCUGCGGGUUCAACGCCACGGUGCGCAACGGGCCGUCGACCGAGUUCCUGAAGUGGCUGUCGGCGCGGCCGGAGUGGGCGGCCUUCGGCGGCCGCGACCACAUCAUGGUCGCCGGCAAGACCACCUGGAUGUUCCGGCACACCGAGCGAGACGACAACGGCACCCAGAAGGUCUGCGGCAACAACUUCCUUGAACAGCCCGAGUCCGGCAACAUGACGGUGCUCACCUACGAGUCCAACAUCUGGGAUCCGCGGGACUUCGCCGUGCCGUACCCGAGCUACUUCCACCCAACGUCGGCCGGCGAGGUGGCCGCGUGGCAGGCGCGCGCCCGCGCCGCACAACGCCCGUGGCUGUUCGCGUUCGCCGGCGCACGGCGUGCCAACGGGACGCUUGCCAUCCGCGACCGCGUCAUCGAGUCGUGCGCCUCGUCGCCGACCCGGUGCGGGUUCAUCGACUGCAGCCACGGCCUGGAGGGCAGCAUCACCUGCCGGUCGCCGCGGCGGCUGGUCUCCGUCUUCGCCUCGUCCCGCUUCUGCCUGCAGCCGCGCGGCGACUCGUUCAUGCGCCGCUCCUCCGUCGACGCCAUCAUGGCCGGAUGCAUCCCGGUCUUCUUCCACGAGGCGUCCACCUUCAAGAAGCAGUACCGGUGGCACGAGCCAGAUCCGGACAGCAGCGACGGCGAGGACGGACGGCCGUACUCGGUGCUCAUCGACCCCGACGAGAUCCUGGAAGGGAAGGUGGGCAUCGAGGAGGUGCUAGCCAGGUACACCGACGAGGAGGUGGCCGCCAUGAGGGAGGAGGUGAUCAAGAUGAUCCCGAGGUUCCUGUACAAGGACCCCAGGGUGAGGUUCGAGGGGGACACGAGGGAUGCGUUCGACAUCGCCUUUGAUGAGGUGAUGGCCAGGAUCAGGAGGAUCAAGAAUGGGGAGGAUUUGGGACGAUUUGCUCAUGAUAAUAAUGUGAUGGUCGCCAAGGGCUCAUGACGCUAGCCCAUUAUUACUGUACGUAGGUGGCAUUUUUGCCUUGGGUAUUUGCACUACUAGCUUUCUUGUUGCUACGUUGUUGUUAGUGGGAAUCCAAAUUACAGCA